AGUAAAACUACUUCCGGUCUCAACCACUCUGUCUGGUUGGGGCAAAAUUUGAGCAGGACAGUCCGGACACAUGGACACACCACAGCAGAUGAAAGACACCCUGCAGCGGUGCAUAGACACACACAAAGACGAGCUGCACAGUUUGAGUCGGGACAUUUGGAGCCGACCUGAACUCGCGGGAAACGAGACGCACGCGCACGACAGGCUGGUGCGCUUCUUCUCCCAGGACAAGACAUGGACGGUGGAGACUCACUACAAGAUACCGACAGCAUUCCGGGCUAGCUGGGGUCCGGUCGGUGGUGGUGCUGGUGGUGAACAGGUUGUGAAUGUGGGGUUCCUGUGCGAGUACGACGCACUUCCCGGUAUCGGGCACGCGUGCGGGCACAACCUGAUAGCAGAGGUGGGAGCUGCUGCAGCUGUGGGGCUGAAGGCUGCUUUAGAGAGGCAGACUGGGCUCCCUAGACCUGUGAAGAUAACAGUUCUGGGAACUCCUGCGGAGGAGGAUAUAGGAGGAAAGAUUGACCUGAUCAAUGCGGGAGCCUUCGCUGAUGUCGACCUCGUCUUCAUGGCUCACCCGGCUCAGCAAGAUGCUUCAUUCCUGCCCUGUGUCACACUCGAUGAGGUGAUGGUGAAGUACCAUGGGAAGGAAUCUCACGCCUCUGUGUACCCAUGGGAGGGAGUGAACGCCCUGGAUGCUGCUGUGUUGGCCUACAACAACCUCUCUGCACUCAGGCAGCAACUCAAACCAGACUGGAGGCUUCAUGGCAUCAUCAAACAUGGAGGGGUGAAGCCCAACAUCAUCCCUGCCUACACGGAGCUAGACUUUUAUCUGCGCACGCCCCUGGUUAAGGAUCUUAAUGACCUAAAGGCCAAAGCUGAGGCUUGCUUCAGGGCAGCUGCUGUUGCCACCGGCUGCCGAGUGGAGAUGAUCUAUCCAUAUCAUGCCUACUAUAACAUUCUGCCUAAUGCCACGCUGGCAACCCUGUAUGAAAACAAUGGGAAAGCUUUGGGGAUUCAGUUCCCAGAGCAGCUGGCCAACUUCGUUGGUUCCACAGACUUUGGCAACGUAUCAUUCAUAGUUCCCGGUAUCCAUCCUUUCUUCUACAUCGGCACCGAUGCGCUCAACCACACUGAGGAAUACACCAAAGCAGCAGGAGCUGAAAAGGCCCAGUUGUUCACCCUGAGGACAGCCAAAGCCCUGGCUAUGACAGCUGUGGAUGUAGUGUGCAGCCCUGAUCUGCUGAAGCAAGUGAGAGACGACUUCAGCCUGGCCAAUCUGAAAUAGGAGAAAUUACAAGAAGGCAGCGAUACAGCUUUGACAGCUCCACAAAGUUACAUUAAUAGUAAUUAUGGGGCAAUUUCAUAGCUGACAAGUUAGUAAGGGGUUUUUGGGCUUUAAUUAAAGAGCUCAUGUUGGGGAACAGCACUUCCAACAGUUUGUACCUUUUGAUGGAUAGAGACGUAAAGCUAUACGCAGUGUGGUUUAUAAUAUUUAUGACAACAGGGCCUAUGAGUAUCUCAAAUACCACCUUCGUCAGAUUGGACGAGCUCAUUCCCACCAGACUAGAACUGGUUUUACCAGUUGUUGCUUGCGGUUUAAAAUCAGCGUGGGAAGUAAAUAGCAAGAAGUAAACAGAAGUAGAAUAACACCACAGUUUUAAAUAGAAGGAAAAAGUAUGACCUAAGUGAAACUAAGAAGUGUAUGGCUAACUUCUUGAUAUUCAUUCUGUGUAUUUUUAAAUAGGUUUUAGAAUAAACUGUAUCAUAAAGAGGAAGGCACAACAGCUCUGCAAAGGUGAAGCCAAAAUGUCUCUAUCGCCCUCUGGUGGCUGGCUGCAGUAUAGGUCAGACCCCGUCCCCUCCAUGUUAGCAGAUGGGCCAAAAUACAAACUCAAAGUUCUUGUCAAAUAAAUUUUGACAUGGUUUGGAAUUUUGAAGUUUUGUGUGUCUUACAAAAUGGUGGUUGCUAACGCUAAAUGAGACCACAGAACUGCAGCCGUACAGCCUCGUUGUGAGAGGGAUGCUAAGACAUGCGACUGUGGUGUAGUUCGUUCAUAGCCUAACGUUAGCUUUUUACCUCUGGCAAUUGCAAUUAAGCUUCGAAAAUCAUAAAAGUGUUGCUCAUUUGUAAAGAUUAUUUUGCUAAACAAAACAUGGUAGAGUUUAUUUUGUGCAACAAUCCAGAAUUGGCUUUUUGACCAGGGAACCAGGGCGACGCUAACUUCCACGUUGGGCUACAGAAAAACGUCAUCCCUUGAGCACUCUAUAAAAAGGGGGUUUGACGCCGUGAUUGACAGCUGUGUGCGCCAAUCAAUGGCACUGCUAGUGAUUGGUCGGAUGGCGGGAACUCAAUACAAAUACAAUACUCAAUACAAACUGCGGAGGUGGCUAAAGCACAUACUCCGGCUCCAAAUGAUGUCAUCAGUGCAAGAUGGCAGCCGUCGUAUCCAGGAUAUUUUGGCUUCAUUUUUGUACAGUGAGAGGACGUGGAGACGUGUUGUCCAUCUUAAUGUACAGUCAUAGUUUUUAGCCAUGGUUUCAAGGAUGGUUAAGUCUGUUGGUUUGUUGAUCCACCACUUUGGUCUGGACUGAAAUAUUUCAACAACUAGUGGAUAGAUUAACAUGACAUUUUGUUUAAACAUUCAUGGUUCUCAGAUUAUGAAAUCUGUCGCUGGUGAUCACCUGACUCUUUGUCUAGCGCUGCCAUAGUUUGACGGUUUUGUUUUUAUCUCCAUAUAACUAUUGAAUGAUUUCUGGUCAAAAUUUGAUUUUGUGUAAUAGUACUACAAUCUCAUAGAAUCACUAUCCUUGGCUGGCUUGGAUGGAUUGGAUUUAAUUUUAUUUUCAGAUUUUUAAUUAGAAAUUAUUUUAUUGAUGAUGAUAGAGGUAUUUAUUGUGUUGAUAGUAUGAUGUCGCCCAUUUGCCUACACUCUUACAUCUUUGCUAUCCUUACAUCAAGAACACUUUAUUAUUCUUGCCAUCUUUGUUCUUGUAAUUUGAUGGACUGACUUCUACUCUUUACCAUAUUACCCCCUGACCAGAUCAGGAAGUCAAUCUGCUUUUAGUUCUACAUCUUUAAGCAAUCCUAAUGGCUUAUUCACUCAUUUAGAUUUCUAGGCAUGCUUCCUCCAGCACAGAGGUCGAUUCAAAACCUUGGCUGUCUUUGAGUGGUCACAGAUGUGCUUGCAAAUCGGGUUCUCUACAUCUUUUUGAUGCUUUAUUCUUUUCAUGUCUUUCUGCUGCAGUGAUUUUUUUGAGGAAUGACAGGGCACAGAGUUUGAAUUGUUAAAUUGCCCUCAGGGAUAUAAAGGAGAAUAAAAAAAAAAAAAAAAAGGUUUCUUCAACAUCCACACUUUUGCCUGUAAGAAAUCAUAAAAUUGGCUUAUUAUAAAAUAUAAAUAUACAGUAUAUCCCUUACGUCACAUGUGAGCAGCUAAUAGUAUUACAGAAUAUGCAGUUUAUAUGAUUUGGUAUGAAAGCUCAUCAGUAAUCAGACCUGGAGCUGGUGGCAAUCCAAUGUCUAAUAAGUGUGAAAGCUUAUCCUCCAGCACUGUUUAAAUAUACUGUAUAAGAGAGCAGGAAAAUAGGAUAAAAAAUUUGGGACUUGAGAGGUUGCACCAGAAAAACAUUGCCAAAUGCUUCAACUGUGUCUGUUGUAUGUGUUUUUAGCUGUUUUUAAUUGAUGUCUGCUGCAGCAAUAUUCAUUUCACAUUCACAUUUGUACCUACUAAAUGUAUUACAUGGAGAUUUAAGAUGUACAUUAUUGUGACUGUGUGGGUCAGCACCAAAGCUCCGCUCCAAUAAUUUCACAAUGUCAGAAAACAAAACAUUUAUUAAACUUUUUUUUUUUCUCAUAUAUAACAUUUUUUCCAAAGUUUUAUUUAAUAUCUGUAUGUUUGGUCAGUGAAUUGUCAUGAACCACCAAAAGAUAUCUUUAAUAUAUCUUUUGUCUAAUGAAGUAUAAAGUUGUUUUAAGCUGAAAAAGACGAUAAAACUAGCAACUAACAGGUCACAGUGAACCUCAAAGCCUCACAACACCAAACAGAGGAGAUGAGCUUCAGUUGUAUUAAAAAAAAAAGAAGAAAUAAGGACAUUAAAAAAAAAA